GUGUUGGGGGCGUUUGGUUUGGCUCAGCGGCUCGCAUCAACCUACCACCUCCAGGAACGGACUGACUUUCUGGCUCCGCAGCUCGUCACCGUUACCAAAUCCUCUGAUUUUUCAGUGCUGCUCGGUUCAUGCAAUAAAUACCGACACUUUAAACUCCACCCGGUGUCGGUGAACGCCUGAAACUUGAUUUUUUGGGUCCUUCUCGGACAUUUUGUGGGCUUUUUUUUUGGCGUUGGUCGGAACAGGACUGAACGUAAACAAAUCUGUAGAUAUUUGUCAUCUAAACGGCAUUUUCCAAUCUUCAUUAAGCGCUUUGGAGGAGCGAACUGAAAGCUUUUUGGACCGAGAAGACAGCGUUCCCCUCCGCCUUGCUGCCUCUUCCCGGACGCCUUCGUGUACAAAACGUUAUUAAUUUACAGGCUUUGAACUGCCUCCGUUUGAACGCUAAAGGUGGAACGCGAUGAAUCAUUUUGACUGACGGCUUUUCAAGAAUUAGCUAGCUAAGCCAGAGAGGAACCAGAGCGGAGGGUGGCUUCCUGCACACGGGCGGCGAAAUAGUCUUGCAUCACCCACCGACUCUUUAAAAGUACCAGACUUAUAUUCUGCUCUUUCUCUUUUUUUAUCUUUUUGCUUAAUUUUGGGAGGGGGGGUCCUCUAGCUGCCUUUAGCUAGUCAUCCUGCUAACCCUGGACAGCUCCUGGAGGGCUGUGUUAGCUUUGGACAAAGGACCAACGCAACGGGGAAAUACAAACACUGGCCUCACAGUUAGUCGUGUUUGGAAGCAACAAACAAGGACUUGACAUGAUGUUUCCACAAUCAAGACACUCAGCCUCAUCGCAGCAGCUGAAAUUCACAACCUCUGACUCCUGUGACAGGAUCAAGGAUGAGUUCCAGUUUCUUCAAGCACAAUACCACAGUUUGAAGCUUGAAUGUGACAAGCUAGCAAGUGAGAAGUCAGAGAUGCAGCGUCAUUAUAUCAUGUACUAUGAGAUGUCCUACGGGCUCAAUAUCGAGAUGCACAAACAGGCUGAAAUAGUGAAAAGAUUAAAUGGGAUCUGCGCACAAGUCCUCCCAUACCUGUCUCAGGAGCACCAGCAGCAGGUCCUGGCAGCCAUAGAGAGGGCCAAGCAGGUCACCCCUCCAGAGAUGAACUCCAUCAUAAGGCAGCAGCUCCAGGCUCACCAGCUGUCUCAGCUCCAGGGUCUGGCCCUGCCCAUGACCCCCCUGCCCCUGGGCCUGAGCCAGCCAACCCUCCCAGCCGUCACCUCUUCCUCGGGUCUCUUCUCCCUCUCCUCCCUGCUGGCCUCCCAAGCCCAGCUGGCCAAGGAGGACAAGGCUUCUCGCGAUGGUGUGGACAGCCACCGUGAGGAGGACGGAGACAAGUCUGAUUAGAUGGUGUUCAGCUCUUUGAUCACAGAGACCAGAAUCUCCAGGUCUGGCCCCACAGCCUCUCCCAUGGUCUCCUCCUCCAACCGAUCCAACGCGGGCUUCUGUCUCAUCAAUGCAGCUUCAGACCUCUAACCAGUCUUUGCCACACUGAUCUCCUUAUAUUAGCAGUAAUAAGAGUUUUUCUUUCUCUCAGCAAAAUAGCAUUUUAAUUACUCUUUUCUAUUUGUUUUUAAGGUCUUUUUUGAUCAUGUUUCAGCUCUUCCGUCAUCGUUUUCUUCAUUUUCUCUUUAGUUUCUGUGGUUUUUGCUCCAUCUCUCACACCUUCCUCCUCCUCCUACUCUCUUCCAGGCUCUUGCUUCGUUUCUGCACAGGUUCUUGUUUGCCAGAAUGGGUCUGUGAGACUGAAAACAUCAUUCUCUUGGUGUUAAAAUGGAAAACCUGACGGACCAUAAAACAUAUUCGACACAACUUGAGACUCUUAGACGCUUCUAAAAGAACAGUUUCACACUGAUCAGCAAUAACUCAGCUCCCUAAGUCUUACAUUUGUUUUAUUUUAUUCAUGGGGAGUUAAAGAUGCAGGUUGUCACCAGUCAGAGAAGUCCAUAAAAUAAUACCUCAAAGGUCUAAAUUAUCCAGUUUAUACAAAAGGAGAAAUCGUUAGCUAAUACACCUAAGGUUUUAUUAAUCAGGUAGCACAACCUGAGACACACACAACUGACCUGCCACCUUAUUAAAACUUCUAAUGUGCACUAGAGGAACUAGGCAGUUUUGGCUUGCUUUUAGCGCCCCCUAGUGUGUUUGUACAACUGAAAGCAAAACUUUCCUUCUCGCUAGACCUGGGCGAUAAAUCAAUUUAAUGAAUUUGAAUUUUUUGUUGCAGGCGAUUUAAAAAUUAAGUAUCUAACUGUUCACUAGAUUUUCAUUUAUUCAUUAUUCAUCUCAGAAACGAGGGUUAUAUUUGUCUUGCUUGUGAUUAAAUAAAAAACUAAAUUGGCUUUAAUGUGCCAUUCAUUUGUACUUAUUGCUAUUCUUAAUAAUUGAGGGGGAGAGAGAAUCGGAAAAAAUUCGUAAAUCGAAUAAAAACAUUUAUCUGAGAUUUUAUUUUUAGGCCGUAUCGCACAGCUCUACUUCUCACUAUGCGUUCACCUUUUUAACACCUUAAUCUUAACAGCUGAAACUUCUCCCCAGCCUUCCUUAGUGCCCAAAAUUUUCAGUGUUCGUGAUCUUAAACAUGCAGGAAAUGAGUUGCCUGCAGCGCCAGGUUUUUCAGCUCAAUUUUUCUAAGUUCCAACAAAUCGGCAGCUCUGAAGUUGCAAGUGGAAUAUUCUGGCCAUGGGGCGACAGGGACUGGGUGGCCUUUCAUUAACCCUGUAAAGGGUCGUUUUAGCACAUACUAGCUCAAGAAAAUGGUAAAACAUUUGAAAAUGUAACAAAGUAUCCCUUUAAGCAGAAGUUGUAGGGACCAUGUGUGCUUGGAGUCUGACAGCAGAGGGCAGUGAUUACCGUUGAGCAAACUUCUUAGCAGGUGAAGAACAAGUCUGCAUCAAAUUUAAACGUUUGUCUAUUCACACUGAGUGAGCAAGCCUGAUUCAUACAAGCCUGAUACACACAUGCCUGAUACACACAUGCCUGAUACACACAUGCCUGAUACACACAUGCCUGAAACACACAUGCCUGAUACACACAUGCCUGAUACACACAUGCCUGAUACACACAUGCCUGAUACACACAUGCCUGAUACACACAAACCUAAUACACACAAACCUGAUACACACAAACCUGAUACACACAAACCUAAUACACACAAACCUAAUACAAACUGAUUACACACACGUCUAAUACACAAUCUCUGGACUGUGGAUAUCUAGCAAUGCAUGUGGCAAAGGCUCAGUCUCUGAAUACUCCACCAUAGAAAGUCAGUUUAUUUGUGUAAAUUCAUAAAUAAAAACUCACCAUUGUGCUUCUUUGUUCACACAUCUGUCACAUUUAAAUACAAAAGUUAACAGAAACUGGGGAAAACGUAAUAUGAACGGCGUUCAUGCACAAAUGAAGCACAAGUGGAUACAUGAUCAAAUAAGUGGGAGAAAAAAAAACAUGAUUUAGUCCGAUUAGGCCUCUAAGGUAAGUUUGGUGGGAGUGUGCAUGGAAGCGGUCUUCUGUGACAGUGUAGGUGAAUAAAUAGAAUUGAAUGUGUUAAACAGGGUCUCUGGAUUAAAAUGGUAAUUUAUUAACAACCCCAAAGAUUUUCCCCUCAUAAGACUAUAAUCACUGUUAAAAACAGCAGAUGACAAACAUUAGUCUCCGUCAAAAGAUGGAAACACUCGCAGUCAUUUUAAAUUCAGAAUAUUUUUAUAUCUUACACAUAAUAAGAACUUUGACCUGAACAUGUUAGAUUAUUAGUAUUAGAUCAUCUAGUCAAUUUAAUUUUGAUACGUUUUUCUUUCAACAAAAAUUGGGAUUAAAAAAUUCCUUAAAACUUCAAAUAUUGAACUUUUUACAGUUCAGGUCAACUCCUUAAACCUUGUUGCAGCAUAAUCUCAACCAAAGUGGGUAAAAAAAUGAAUUAUUUUUAUAAAUGAAGUUUGAACACUAAACUGAAACACUAUUAGCUCAUAUUGUUAAUAAAACACUCGUGUUACGUCACACUCUUAAGUUGCUGCCUGGAGGGAAUUCUCUAAUAAUUUGCACGUUUUUAACAAUAGACAUGACAAAUAACUCAUCAUUGUUUUUUAGGCAUCAGACAGUAAAACCCCACCUCAGUGAAGCCCGCUGUUGUGUAUUUAUGUGUAUAACGUGGUGUAUAAACAGGUGUACAGGUCUGGUGGUUUGGUGGCAAAGGCGUCGCCGUUUCCACGACAACACAUUAAUCUGCUUGUGAAAUAAGCUGGCAGCACAUUGUCCUCCCAUCUAACCAUACGCCGUUUGUAUCUAGCUCCGUGCAGCGGUCCUAGUGAUCUGCAGAGACAGAAAUGCUCACAUCUGUGCAUGUCUGCAGGGGAACCAGCGAAGCCCUCUUCUGAUUGAUUCAAACUUUUUUGUGAUCAAUGCACUUGAUUACUUUUCCUCCCUCUUUGUUUUAUUCUCUGUGAACUAAGAGAACAACAGCUGACAUUAUAAACACAAAUAAAACGUAUGUAUUUGUACAAGUAGUGGGAGGUGCUUGCCUCUAUACAGUUAUACAUAGAAAGCUUUAUGUGUAAAUGGCUGCAUCUUCUCUCGUCUGUCCUGGAUGAUUCUUGUGCUGUUUGUUACAAAUCUGAUGUGACACCAGGGGGAAACUGCAGUACUUUUAACUUUUUUUUAACCCUGUAAUCAUUCAACCCCCCCACCCCACCCCUCCUCACCCUGAUCCUGACUCUGACUUUCUGCCCCCAUAGCGUGAAGCAUUGUAAGCGUUUUGAGCUUUGUAAAAGUCCUUUUUUUAAAUACUUAUUUUGUGUAUAAUGUAAAACAAAAAGUGUGUACUUUGACAAAAAAAGAAAAAAAAAUGUUUUGUGUCUGAAAUCAUAGCUUCGUUUAAACAAAAUAAAGUAAAAAAAACUGCAACAAAAAUUUACUAUUAAUGAUAUGAAAUGUUCUGCAGUACGGAAGGACUUCUGGUGCCUUACAAAUAAAAUCAAUCAAAUCAUC